CGAUAACAGGCCAAACCUUACGCGUUGUCUCACUGCUGAAAAUCUCUCUCUCUCUCUCUCCCCUUCGGUCUGAGAUCUUACUCGGAUGCACACACAGUCUUUUGAUUAGUAUCACGAUCUACUUGAUAUAUACAUACAGGCAAAGAAAAUAAGAACAAAUGCGAAUUUGAAAUUCUGAAAGCAAAAAGGGGAUUCCAAAUCCACAUCAACAAUGCCGCGUCUUCGAGUUUCUACUGGAUUUUCAUUGCUUAUACUACUUCUUUGCCUUUUCAACGUUGCUGUGCACUGCAAAACCCUAAAAAGAGACGUGAAAGCUCUUAACGAAAUUAAAGCAUCUCUUGGAUGGAGGGUGGUGUAUGCAUGGGUUGGAGAUGAUCCAUGUGGAGAUGGUGAUUUACCAGCUUGGUCUGGCGUCACUUGCUCCACGCAAGGUGAUUAUAGAGUAGUUACUGAACUGGAAGUAUAUGCGGUGUCAAUUGUUGGGGCUUUUCCUACUGCUGUAACCAAUCUGCUGGAUCUUACUAGGCUGGAUCUCCACAACAAUAAAUUGACUGGACCAAUUCCACCUCAAAUCGGGCGUUUAAAGCGGCUUAAAAUACUUAAUUUGAGGUGGAAUAAGCUGCAGGAUGUCAUUCCUCCUGAAAUAGGUGAACUGAAGAAAUUAACACACCUCUAUUUGAGUUUCAAUAACUUUAAAGGGGAAAUACCCAGGGAGCUUGCUAAUCUCCCAGAGCUACAGUAUCUUCAUCUGCACCAAAAUCGGUUCAUUGGGCGUAUUCCACCAGAAUUGGGCUCCUUACAAAAUCUUCGCCAUUUGGAUGUUGGUGACAAUCAUUUGGUUGGAACUAUCAGGGAACUGAUACGUAUAGAAGGAUGUUUUCCAGCUCUGCGCAACCUUUAUCUAAAUAAUAACCAUCUGACGGGAGGUAUUCCGGCGCAGCUUGCAAACUUGACCAAUCUGGAAAUUUUGCAUUUAUCUUACAACAAAAUGUCUGGGAUAGUACCAUUUGGAGUUGCUCAUAUUCCCAAAUUAACUUACUUGUACCUGGAUCACAAUCAAUUUAGUGGGAGGAUUCCUGAUGCCUUCUAUAAGCAUCCAUAUUUGAAAGAAUUGUACAUCGAAGGAAAUGCAUUUAAGCCUGGGGUGAACCCGAUUGGCAUUCACAAAGUACUUGAACUCUCGGACUCAGAUUUCUUGUUUUAAUCAACUUCAUUACUCGGAUUUGUGUCUAGUGAAUAGUUAGUUUACGAUACACCCCCACGAAAACAAGCAUUCAUCACAGGUUCUCCUACAAGAAUCUCGAAGUCGUAUUCUCGUUACCUGUUGUAGCUCAAACAUCAUAUACCUGAUAAACCUCUCAAUGUUCCAAAGGAAUUUACUUGUAUAGUACAUAGCAUUAAUUGAUCUUUUUUGCGUU